AUGAAUAGUGAAUCACUUCUCAAACCAUCUCCUCUUAUACCCACUUCUCGACCAGAGAUCAUACAAUCUCUUAUUGACGGUGUUGACCGUUAUAAUCCUGACAAUGUGUCAAUAUUGGAGGAGUAUCUUGGCACGCAGCUCCAGACUGAAGAUUAUGAUCUAAUGGCCAAUUUGGCGAUAUUAAAAUUGUAUCAAUUUAAUCCUCAUCUUGUUAACGAACAAGUUAUAAACAAUAUACUUGUCAAAUCUCUUACUGCCAUACCAAAUCCCGAUUUUAAUUUAUGUCUAUAUUUAUUACAUGAGAAUGCACUUGCCGAUGAGAGCGUGGCUAAGUUAGUUGAAUUACAACAAUUAUUGGAACAAUGCAAGUAUCAAGAGUUUUGGAAAUUGUAUGAAUCAGAUGAUUCAUAUAAAGAACUUACAAGUGAUGCAAUAGGGUUUGAAGAUGCAAUACGAAAAGUUAUCUUAACAUCAAUUUCUAUGACAUAUCAAAGUAUUUCGGCAGAGUUAUUAAGCAAUUAUCUCAAUUUAAACAUAAAUGAAGAAGAAUUUGAAUCAUUUAUUCAAACUCGUAACCUUGUUAAUAAAGAUGGUAUUAUAUUAGUACCUACAAAUUACGAUAAUGAAGCGAAACCAACUGUGAUUAGAGAAAAUAUUAAAUUUGAACAACUCACAAAAGUCAUUGGUUAUUCCAAUGAAUUGUAA